AUGGCCCAUUCUUUGGCCUCGAGGCGCAUCUGGGCAUCAAUUUCCUUAUCUUCUUCCAAAUCAUCAGUAUGCCUGUCAUGCAGAGCCACUGCUCGAGGACUUUCAUCUUCUAGGCCUCUUGCUUCGGUGGCACAAAGCGAUGCCCAAAACAAGCUGUUAGGAGAGCAUCUCAAAGAGGCAGAUCCGGAAAUAUAUCAGAUACUGCAAAAAGAAAAACGAAGGCAGAAGCAUUUCAUAAACCUCAUCCCAUCAGAGAACUUCACUUCUCAAGCAGUGUUAGAUGCUUUGGGGAGCGUUAUGCAAAAUAAAUACUCGGAGGGAUAUCCGGGUGCCCGAUACUACGGCGGCAACGAACACAUAGAUGAAUCCGAGCGGUUAUGUCAAAAACGCGCCCUCGAAACGUAUCGCUUGAAUCCGGAGGAAUGGGGCGUCAAUGUUCAACCCUUGUCCGGAUCCCCUGCCAAUCUGUAUGCCUAUUCAGCCCUUCUCCAUUCACAUGACAGAAUCAUGGGCCUUGAUCUACCUCACGGUGGCCACCUGUCCCACGGUUAUCAAACUCCGACCAAGAAGAUUUCUAUGGUCUCCAAAUACUUCGAGACAUUCCCUUAUCGGCUAGACGAAUCUACUGGACUCAUCGACUACAACAAACUUGAAGAAAAUGCUCUCUUGUACCGCCCCAAGGUCGUCAUCGCCGGCGCGUCCGCAUACAGCAGAUUGAUCGACUACGAACGUAUGCGCGCCAUUGCAGACGAAGUCGGCGCCUACCUACUGUCUGACAUGGCACAUAUCUCAGGCUUGGUCGCCGCCGAUGUUAUCCCCAGCCCCUUUGACCAUUCUGAUGUGGUGACGACAACGACGCACAAAUCCCUCCGAGGCCCUCGCGGUGCUAUGAUUUUCUACCGCAAGGGCAUUCGCCGCACGACCAAAAAGGGAGAGAAGGAAAUGUACGAUCUCGAAGGACCCAUCAAUAGCUCCGUCUUCCCUGGUCAUCAGGGCGGUCCGCACAACCAUACCAUUACUGCCCUGGCCGUGGCGCUGAAACAAGCUCAGACCAAAGAGUUCAGGGAAUACCAGAAAACCGUCCUGGCCAAUGCGAAAGCCCUCGCCGAACGUCUCGGCAAUUCAGCCUACACCGGCGGACUGGGAUAUAACAUCGUCAGCGGCGGCACCGACAACCAUCUAGUUCUCGUGGACCUGAAGUCCAAGGAUAUCGACGGUGCACGCGUCGAGCGAGUCCUGGAACUUUGCGGCGUCGCCGCAAAUAAAAACACUGUCCCUGGCGACAAGUCUGCGCUCAAACCCGGAGGAUUGCGCAUGGGUUCCCCAGCUAUGACUACACGAGGAUUCCAGCCCAAUGAUUUCGCGCGCGUCGCCGAGAUCGUGGACCGAGCAGUAUCCAUCGCGAUCAAAGUGGACAAGAAGGCCCGGUCGGAUGCUGAGGCAAAGGGCAAGAAAAAUCCCGGCGCCGUUAAGAGUUUUCUCGACUAUUUGAAAGAUGGCACCGAGGUACCGGAAAUUCUUACCCUCAGACAAGAGGUGGAGGACUGGGUCGGCACGUUUGCUGAACCGUGGAUCAAAGAAGUAUCUGUCAGUUAG